AUGAGCUCCGCCCUCAGCUCCUCCACCACCUCCGCCGACGGCAGCGGCGCGGCGCGGCGCCACCGCAUGGUCACGCGGUCACUCAUUAAAGGCCGAACUCCGCUCGGCCCGAGCGACGGCCCCGUGGGCGGCGUGCUGCGCUGUAUCUGCACGGCCUUUCUCGUGUCGACGCAGGAAACACUCCUGGAGUGCCACCGCUGCAGAAAUUGGUGUCAUCCUGCCUGCGUGGGUGUCGACCACGCGGAGCUGCGGCGGUAUCAGGUGGAAAACACGUACGUGUGUCCGUACUGCACUGGCAUGUACAAGCGGCAGCGUGGAGGUCCGCAGGCACCCGCACCGCGGCAGUUGCCACUGCGUCUGCGCGAGGUGCCCGACCGGCUGCCGUUUGGCUCCGUUACGCAGUUGCGUCACCUGCUGAAGGUCACGGUGCGGGCUGCCCAGCGGGCCGGCUUUGCGGUGAUCGAUCUCCCACUGACGGGCCUCACCGAUGCGAUGGAGCGGGAAUGUCUCGGGUGCUGCGAGGACGCCAUUAAGGAGGCGACGUUCUCCGAGCAGUAUCCGUCGUAUUGUCUCAAGGAGGUGCGUGAGCAGGUGCACCCAUACGUGCAGGGGACGUUGCUGCGCUGCACCAGGGUUGGCCGCAUCGUCUCUAUGGUGCUGUCAAAUGGCAUGGACGUGUAUGGAAAUCUCCGUCCGACGAUCACGCAGCUGAAGAGUGGCAUCAACCGCGGUUUGAUUGACCAGAAGCACCAGACCAGCUUCAUGGCAGCCUGCACCAAACUCACGGAUGUGUCCGAUUUUGUGCACAUCACGUUGAGUGCCACACACCGGGGCUACCAACGGCAAGGGCUCGCGCGCAUGCUGAUGGUCAUUGACCUGCUGAAGUGGGCGCUUCGGGGACGUACACGUGCCUACUUGAACAUGGCGCUGGAAAAAAGAAUUGUGGACGGUGGUACGCGCUUGGAGUACGUGGCGUCGCCAGCCUCGCGGCGGCUGUACGAGUCAUUCGGUUUCAGGGAUGUCUAUCCGCGGUUUGACCGCGAGACGGACGAGGCGCGAUGGACACCGAAGGAGGCGGACAUGGGUCGCGUGAUGGCGCACCUGAGCUUUGUGGAGGAUCUCGUCGGAAUGGCGGCGCGGUACGAGAACAGUAGUGCGAGCGCUAAAACUAUUACUACUUCUGCAGCGGCGGCGGCGGCGGCUAGUAACGGUGGGGUGGGCGCUGCUGGAGUGGGGGGCAGAAGGGCCCGGUCGCCUUCGCCGCCGGUAGUAAAAAGGCGGCUUUCGUUGCUUGGUGGAAGAUCGGGGAGACGAAUGGAGUGA